CGGCUCGCGACAGAGCACGCGGCUCAUUAAACGGCGCCGAGUAUCGUGCCCAGAAGCUCGUUCGUUAGCCGGCACCGGAGCACUACGGUCUUGUCCGGAAUCACGCCAGUGUAUACAGCGUUCGUGCUCUUCUUCGACUCACCUCGUCCAUGCCACAAUUUCGGACAAAGUAUCGUCUCUAGGAAGUCGUGCUCUAUUGCUAUAUAUUAGUUUCCUUGACCAGCGGUAGUGUGAAGAUAGAGUGUUUUACGAAACAGCGAGGCAAGCGCUUGUCUAGUUUACUCUGACCAGCGUUCGCGUCACCAAAGACGAAAGGCUACUUGGCACCGGCCCUCUUGGUUCUCACAGCUAAAUCAGACGGCGCACAAUCACGGGCGUCUGUUUACGUGCGGCUUGUUCGCCACUACUUCCGAGCGUGUGUCACUUAAAACUCUAGCAUUCUUUGCUCACGACUUGAAUACUAAACCCGGAAGGAGGGGCGAGACAAAUGACCCCCUAGCCCGUUGGCUCUUUAGUUCGUUCAAAAAGACUGAGGUCGCCGUUCAGUGAGAGAUCAACGCAUUCCAAUCCUCGGAACUCUUGCGUGCGAUGGCAUCUCUGACCGCGAAGAGAAUGAUCGGCAGCGGCGCGUCAUGCACGCGCCUCUUCAUCUUGGUGGCAUGCCUUCUGCUACCAUUUCUGACUCAAGCCUCCUCCCCGGUUGCGAACCAUACAAGUACCGCCGACCAUGUCUCGACGAGAGCUAUGAAGACGUCGACACCAGCAACAACGCCCACCACGGAGGCAGACGAUGAACCCGACUACGAACAAGUGCUGCGAAACGCAGUGGCCCGCUUGUUCGCCAGCAUGCCCUCGUCUAUCAGAAGGAAGCUCCUCGAGGCGGACGUCAGACCAGAGUGUAGCAUCGGCCUGUUCCGGUUGAUGCGAGGAUUCCAGAACCUCGAGCCGUGGGCGCUGAGAUUGUUCGACGCAUCCGGAAAGUACCCAUCGGGGCUGCUGCAGGCCACAAAGGCUGAUCUGGGGGCAUUCGACGAGUGUCUGGAAACCGUGGUGCGUGACAACUAUGGCCAGGAAGUGUCCCACGGCCAAUACUGCAGCCUGCUCUUCAAUCUGAAAGAGAACCGCGCUCUGACAGAGCGCAUCACAUCGCUUGACGUGUUGCACCCACUGAUUAAGCAGUACACGGAAUAUUUUUUUAUUGAUGAACUCCCCAUGACACGCCUAGGCAUCUGCAUCAUCAACGACUGCAAUAAACAAGACCUGCAGGCCAUCAUUGACGCAGUAAGGCCCAAAAAGCUGCGAAUCGAAGUAGAAAGCUGCGUCACGAUCAACGAUGUGGUGAUGACGCCCGGUCAGACUGCGAUAAUAGCUUUCUUGGCUGUCCUUGGCAUCCUCGUUGGAGCUGGAAGUAUCGUCGACAUCUACAUGUCAUGUAGAAAAACCACUCAGAAAGGUGAACAGAGCAAAUGGCUGAAGUGCAUCACCUCUUUCUCAGCGCUUCACAACACGCGUGCUAUCUUUACCAUCACACGCCCAAGGCACGCCGGUGACUUUGAUCUAAGCUUUAUUCAUGGACUGCGGUUCUUCAGCUUGGUCUCCAUUGUUCUUGGCCACAGCUACGGUAUCAUGUCUGACGCAUGGUCUCGCACACUCAACCUACUAAUCUUGAGUGAGCAGUGGAUGAGCAUCUUGGUUACGUCAGGAUUCGUUUUUGUCGACACGUUCUUCUUCAUCAGCGGAUUCCUGAUGUGUCUUGUUCUCGACAAACAAAACAAGACUGGUUUAAGGGUGUACAUUUUCGCACUAAUUCGGAGGCUUGUAAGGACCACUGUUCCUCUUUUCUUCCUCGUGAUGUGCAUAUCGGUGCUUCCGCUUAUGCUGACCGGCCCCGGAGCUAAGAACUUCUUUGAAAAAAUGGACCAGGAAGUGCAUAACCACUGGUGGCAUUGGCUUCUCCAAAUUCGAAACUUUUACUACGUGGGACUCAAGACGGUCCUGCCACACGUGUGGUACCUGUCCAUGGACUUUCAGUUCUUCGUUGUAGCCGUUCCUCUAUUUAUGCUGCUCAAGAAUCGCAGACACGUGGCGAUCGGAGUCUUCACCUUCAUCUCGCUGUUUGGGUGCUGCGUUUCAGCGUGGCAAGUCACUCGAUGGGACAUCGCCCCGUUCAUGGUGUUCCUUGCGCGUCAGCUGGCCACUAUUGGUGACACCGUGAACAAGUAUUAUAUCAUUCCAUCCUACCACGCGGUGUGCUAUUUCACCGGUUGCAUUGUCUACCUUGUAGCUGACAACUUCAGGCAGCGCAAAGUGUCCAAGGUGGUUCAAAUCACAUGCUGGGUUGUGUCCUUCGGCGCCGGCAGCUGCUGCAUGUUCAUAAAGUGCACAUGGUACACUGGUGAUUCGCCCACCUCAGCCCUUGGCAAGAUGGCUACGGCAUUCUUCGACCGUAUCAUGUGGUCGAUGUUUAUUGGAUGGAUCACGUUGGCCUGCAUUUCGGGACGUGGAGGCUAUGUGUCCAAGUUCCUGUCAUGGGCUCCCUUCGUACCUUUGAGCCGCCUAUCCUUUGCUGUUUACCUCAUCCACUUCCCCUUCAUCGAGAUCAUGCUUCAUACGUCGAGGGAGCGCCUCUACUACUCCCACUUCAAUCAGGUGACGUUGUUCUUCGCGGUGUUCCUGUGGAGCUACAUUCUCGCCUUCUUCAUGUAUCUGGUGUGUGAGGGUCCCACAGCUAACCUGGACAAGCUGGCCUUUAGUUUCAUCGCACGAACCACGAAACGAGAACGAGGCAUCCGCAACGGUCCAGAAGGCCAGCAACGGGACACAGGAAGUUGCCUUAGAAAUUCCGCGGAUCGUGUUAGAGGGCGACGGGAAGAAAGUUGGCAACGGCACACACUGACAAGCCGACACUGCGAAGCUCGGAGUUGAACGGCGCGAACUGCAGUUCGUGAACAUUGCGUUGGUGCUCGAGGAUUCCGCAACUGUUUUGGUGGCGUGUUUGUGUUUAAUUGUUUGGUGGUGCAAAGAACAAUGCAAAACAUAUCCAGUGUGAGCACGUCGGAUAUCUCAAAUGAAUAGGAAGGAAAAUGAAGCGCUUCUGCGAAGCGUCUUUUCGGCCCCGGAGCAACGUCCACCACGCGGAGCGCCCAAGUAGAAACUUCCUUCUCCUUCUGUGUAGGCAAUUUGUCUGCUUAUGACGGGACGGCUACGUGAAGUCGUAACUACCUUGCGUGUGGAGAGCAGUCUGCAAGAAAAAAGAACUUACAGAUGCCGUUGUCAAGAACGGCAACGUCUAUAAUUCGGCACUAGUUCCGACGGUGCUGGACUAACUGCGUUGCUGCCCACCCUCUAUGCGGCCCCACUGUUUGUGCUUCUAGUGAAUGUGAACACUGCGCUCUCGAUGUGUGACCUCGAUGUGCGAAUUCGAGAUGUUUGGGCGAAUAUUUCGCCUAGUGCUGAGCGCACCCCACUGGAAGUGGCGCGGCGGAACAUUCUUUCGCCUGUGCCGCCUAGACCGUUACUCACAUAAACUGCUCUGUGGCCUCGUACGUCCAGUACAGUCACGAACAAUUUCAACAGCUACUCAACGAACUUUGACUGGUGUCCUUGUGUUAAAGGGAUGUCCUAAGUCCGUUUUGUGAAACUUAAGUAACCCAGGGAUUUUUUUAUAGCGAAUAUGUAUAUUCUUCAUAAAUGCAUGGUGACAAUGUAGCGUCCUUUACCUACAAAGCGGCUAUAGCCGCUCAGCUGAUGUGUUUUCCAGCUGGUGGUGGAGAGAGGCACCGGCUUGAUAUGCCUUUUCCAGAGAGCAAUAUGGUAGUCAAGAAUGCAAUUGCUGAUGCGUUUUUAAAAUGAAUGUGUUUAUAGGCCAGAAACAUAUUGCCUAUUCUCAAUAUCAGAAUCGCGUCUGUCAAUUGUUUGUGGCACAUAACACCAAAGCCAUUUCUGAAGCACCCGUUGAUAUUAGACCGUUCAUCCUUUUCAUUCAACUGUAGCUAUCGAUCUCUUUUCCUUUAAGCAUGUCAACAUUCUUAGCACAGUUCUAUCUUUAUUUUUUAUAUUUUGUUGGACAUAUGUAAAGUAUUAAAAUAAAAAGUUGGUUUCGUAAAUUUUGUUGUAAAACAUCUUUAUUUACUGAUAUUCCAUUAGACAACACAAUAUUCAGAUGUCCCUUUCUUUCCGUGGCUAAAUUAUAAAUGGGUAUUUAACUUUAUUCGUGUUGUUAAUGGCCAAACAUUGUUCUUUUUUUCUUCACUGUAUAUAUAGCAUGUUGAACAAAUAAACUGCAUGAAAGCAUUGCUGCUAUCAUAACUCGGUGCUUAUUUGUAAUCCGUGUAUGAACGCAACAA